GAAGCUCAGGGCAUGGUGGGUCGAGCUAUGGCAGUGGAGGGUCCAUCUGUGGAGGAGGAGGAGGAGGCUCUGGCUCUGGGUCUGGCAUAGGAGGAAGUUACGGAGGUGGUGGGUCUAUGUCUGGAGGCUCUGGAAGCUCAGGUCAUGGUGGAUCGAGCUAUGGCAGUGGAGGGUCCAUCUGUGGAGGAGGAGGAGGCAGCUCUGGCUCUGGAGGCAGCAGUGGCAGGAGAGGGUCCAUGUCGGGCGAAGGUGGAAGCUCAGGUCAUGGUGGAUCGAGCUAUGGCAGUGGAGGGUCCAUCUGUGGAGGAGGAGGAGGAGGCUCUGGCUCUGGAGGCAGCAGUGGCAGGAGAGGUUCGAUUUCUGGAGGUUCUGGAAGCUCAGGUCAUGGUGGAUCAAGCUAUGGCAGUGGAGGGUCCAUCUGUGGAGGAGGAGGAGGAGGCUCUGGCUCUGGAGGCAGCAGUGGCAGGAGAGGCUCCAUUUCUGGAGGCUCUGGAAGCUCAGGUCAUGGUGGAUCGAGCUAUGGCAGUGGAGGGUCCAUCUGUGGAGGAGGAGGAGGCAGCUCUGGCUCUGGAGGCAGCAGUGGCAGGAGAGGGUCCAUGUCGGGCGAAGGUGGAAGCUCAGGUCAUGGUGGAUCGAGCUAUGGCAGUGGAGGGUCCAUCUGUGGAGGAGGAGGAGGAGGAGGCUCUGGCUCUGGAGGCAGCAGUGGCAGGAGAGGUUCGAUUUCUGGAGGUUCUGGAAGCUCAGGUCAUGGUGGAUCGAGCUAUGGCAGUGGAGGGUCCAUCUGUGGAGGAGGAGGAGGAGGAGGCUCUGGCUCUGGAGGCAGCAGUGGCAGGAGAGGUUCCAUUUCUGGAGGCUCUGGAAGCUCAGGUCAUGGUGGAUCGAGCUAUGGCAGUGGAGGGUCCAUCUGUGGAGGAGGAGGAGGCUCUGGCUCUGGAGGGAGCAGUGGCAGGAGAGGUUCCAUUUCUGGAGGCUCUGGAAGCUCAGGUCAUGGUGGAUCGAGCUAUGGCAGUGGAGGGUCCAUCUGUGGAGAAGGAGGAGGCUCUGGCUCUGGAGGCAGCAGUGGCAGGAGAGGCUCCAUUUCUGGAGGCUCUGGAAGCUCAGGGCAUGGUGGAUCGAGCUAUGGCAGUGGAGGGUCCAUCUGUGGAGGAGGAGGAGGAGGCUCUGGCUCUGGAGGCAGCAGUGGCAGGAGAGGUUCGAUUUCUGGAGGUUCUGGAAGCUCAGGUCAUGGUGGAUCAAGCUAUGGCAGUGGAGGGUCCAUCUGUGGAGGAGGAGGAGGAGGCUCUGGCUCUGGAGGCAGCAGUGGCAGGAGAGGUUCGAUUUCUGGAGGUUCUGGAAGCUCAGGUCAUGGUGGAUCAAGCUAUGGCAGUGGAGGGUCCAUCUGUGGAGGAGGAGGAGGAGGAGGCUCUGGCUCUGGAGGCAGCAGUGGCAGGAGAGGCUCCAUUUCUGGAGGCUCUGGAAGCUCAGGGCAUGGUGGAUCGAGCUGUGGCAGUGGAGGGUCCAUCUGUGGAGGAGGAGGAGGAGGCUCUGGAGGCAGCAGUGGCAGGAGAGGGUCCAUUUCUGGAGGCUCUGGAAGCACAGGUCAUGGUGGAUCAAGCUAUGGCAGUGGAGGGUCCAUCUGUGGAGGAGGAGGAGGCGGCUCUGGCUCUGGAGGCAGCAGUGGCAGGAGAGGUUCCAUUUCUGGAGGCUCUGGAAGCUCAGGUCAUGGUGGAUCGAGCUAUGGCAGUGGAGGGUCCAUCUGUGGAGGAGGAGGAGGAGGCUCUGGCUCUGGAGGCAGCAGUGGCAGGAGAGGGUCCAUGUCGGGCGAAGGUGGAAGCUCAGGUCAUGGUGGAUCGAGCUAUGGCAGUGGAGGGUCCAUCUGUGGAGGAGGAGGAGGAGGCUCUGGCUCUGGAGGGAGCAGUGGCAGGAGGGGGUCCAUUUCUGCAGGCUCUGGAAGCUCAGGUCAUGGUGGAUCGAGCUAUGGCAGUGGAGGGUCCAUCUGUGGAGGAGGAGGAGGAGGCUCUGGCUCUGGAGGCAGCACUGUCAGGAGAGGCUCCAUUUCUGGAGGCUCUGGAAGCACAGGUCAUGGUGGAUCGAGCUAUGGCAGUGGAGGGUCCAUCUGUGGAGGAGGAGGAGGCUCUGGCUCUGGAGGCAGCAGUGGCAGGAGAGGUUCCAUUUCUGGAGGCUCUGGAAGCUCAGGGCAUGGUGGAUCGAGCUAUGGCAGUGGAGGGUCCAUCUGUGGGGGAGGAGGCUCUGGCUCUGGAGGCAGCAGUGGCAGGAGAGGGUCUAUGUCUGGAGGCUCUGGAAGCUCAGGUCAUGAUGGAUCGAGCUAUGGCAGUGGAGGGUCCAUCUGUGGAGGAGGAGGCUCUGGGUCUGGCACAGGAGGAAGUUAUGGAGGUGGUGGGUCUAUGUCUGGAGGCUCUGGAAGCACAGGUCAUGGUGGAUCGAGCUAUGGCAGUGGAGGGUCCAUCUGCGGAGGAGGAGGAGGCUCUGGCUCUGGAGGCAGCAGUGGCAGGAGAGGGUCCAUGUCGGGCGAAGGUGGAAGCUCAGGUCAUGGUGGAUCGAGCUAUGGCAGUGGAGGGUCCAUCUGUGGAGGAGGAGGAGGAGGCUCUGGAGGGAGCAGUGGCAGGAGAGGUUCCAUUUCUGGAGGCUCUGGAAGCUCAUGUCAUGGUGGAUCAAGCUAUGGCAGUGGAGGGUCCAUCUGUGGAGGAGGCGGCUCUGGCUCUGGAGACAGCUGUGGCAGGAGGGGGUCCACUUCUGGAGGCUCUGGAAGCACAGGUCAUGGUGGAUCAAGCUAUGGCAGUGGAGGGUCCAUCUGUGGAGGAGGAGGAGGAGGAGGAGGCUCUGGAGGCAGCAGUGGCAGGAGAGGGUCCAUGUCGGGCGAAGGUGGAAGCUCAGGUCAUGGUGGAUCGAGCUAUGGCAGUGGAGGGUCCAUCUGUGGAGGAGGAGGAGGCGGCGGCUCUGGCUCUGGAGGCAGCAGUGGCAGGAGAGGGUCUAUGUCUGGAGGCUCUGGUAGCUCAGGUCAUGGUGGAUCAAGCUAUGGCAGUGGAGGGUCCAUCUGUGGAGGAGGAGGAGGCUCUGGCUCUGGAGGGAGCAGUGGCAGGAGAGGCUCCAUUUCUGGAGGCUCUGGAAGCUCAGGUCAUGGUGGAUCGAGCUAUGGCAGUGGAGGGUCCAUCUGUGGAGGAGGAGGAGGAGGCUCUGGCUCUGGAGGCAGCAGUGGCAGGAGAGGCUCCAUUUCUGGAGGCUCUGGAAGCUCAGGUCAUGGUGGAUCGAGCUAUGGCAGUGGAGGGUCCAUCUGUGGAGGAGGAGGAGGAGGCUCUGGCUCUGGAGGCAGCAGUGGCAGGAGAGGCUCCAUUUCUGGAGGCUCUGGAAGCUCAGGUCAUGGUGGAUCGAGCUAUGGCAGUGGAGGGUCCAUCUGCGGAGGAGGAGGAGGCAGCUCUGGAGGCAGCAGUGGCAGGAGAGGGUCCAUGUUGGGCGAAGGUGGAAGCUCAGGUCAUGGUGGAUCGAGCUAUGGCAGUGGAGGGUCCAUCUGUGGACGAGGAGAAGUCUCUGGCUGUGGUUCUGGAGGAAGUAUUGGUAGGAGAGGUUCCAUGUCUGAAGGUUGUGGAAGCUCAGCCCCUGGUUCCUGUACGUUUGAUGUUGGGGAAGGGUCUCCUUGUGAGGGAUCCGGCUCUGGGGGUUCCUUCAGUUCUGUCUUUGAAGGGCACAGCUCUGUUGCUUUGGGGUCAAGGUCCGCGGGCAUCUCUGAUUCUGGCCGAGUUGGGGAUGGCUUUGGAUGUGGGAGCAGCUCUGGGGAGGAGGAAUACCAGUGAGGCAUUUUGGGUUGUGGCGGACUUGAACCGUUUGGUCUUGAGGAUGGGGCUGGGAAUGGGACUGAUGGAGGGUGUGCUCGCAGGGGGGAAUGCUUGUCUGCCUGGGGAUGUGGUCAGGGACCCACCCUUCUUCCAGAGAUCCCUACCACAAUAACAUCUGCAUGCAAAAAUCUGCAAUGGCAUUGCCUCUGUUUUGGAGGCAAUGGUGCCUUUCCUGCCUGGCACCCCAUCACCGCUGGUCUAGUCACGUCACCCGCAGCC